AUUACUAAGAACCGUUUCCUUCUUCCACAGCAAGAAAAGUUCAACCAAAUGGGAAUUAGCGGCGUCGGCGGCGACGAGAACGGCGGCGCAGAGGAGCUGGAGAUUUUCGGAAAAGCUGAUACUGUUACAGUAAACAAUAAACCACAUAUGUCUCCGUCAAUUUCUUCGUCCUCUACAUCGGCGAGUGUCAUCGUCGCCGUUUCAUCAUCUGAGUCAGUAAUUGAUCCGGUGAAGAUGAGUUAUGAAUCGAACGGUGAGGAGGAGGAAGAGUUUGAAUGGGUGGCUGUAGAUAAAGAGAUUGAUCUUAUUACGGAUAAAGCUCCGGAACUUGACGAAGUUGACGACGCUUUCUCUGCACUUCAAUUGAUGUUCAAUGAUGAUGAUGAAGUUUCAGAGUCGGAGUUUGUGGAUUGGAUUGAGCCUCCUUUGCAGCUCUGCAACACUAGACUUCUACAGCCUUAUAUGCUUGACAGACUCUACGACGCCUUUCAUGUGUUUCAGACCGAUCCAUCUGUUCAGAGAAUGGUUAUGUCCUUGACUUCGGACAAGGCUGUUUGGGAUGCGGUGAUGAGUAAUGAGGUUGUCCGGGAGCUUAUAAGCAACGCUGAGAGGUCAGAAGAAGACUCUGGUUCAGCCGCAAAUUGCUUAAGAAGGUUGUUUGAGAGAAGUGCUGUCAAAAUCAUGGACGCAAUGGAGAGAGUCACAAAGUACGUAACUGACCUCUUCAAUGUUGUUCCUGGAGAUGAGACUGUUGUGUUAGCUUCAGGUGCUGCGCCUGUGAUGGAGAAGCUUCAGAUGACUGUUCUGGUCGCCAUUGUUGUCCUGCUUAUCGUGUUAGUUACACGAGUAACGAGAGGUAGAUAGUAUAAAAUAACCAGCCAAACUAUGAUCUCACAUUUCAGGUCUGCUUUACAAUUGUAAUUGUGACCUCUGCGGCUGAAAUCACAGCAGAAAACUGUAAUACUUGUGCUUACUCUUGUAUAAUAAGAAUAUAGUGAUUGUAAUCAC